GCGCCUCACAGGCUCCAAUCACUCGUCGUCAGCCAUGUUGUUGGUGUGACACACCGAGCUGUCAGCAACAGGUUCUCUUGAGCAGAAACGUUAACAAACUUAACAUAUCUCCUGAAAACGGCAGCUCUCCGCGGAUACUAAACUUUGAGAGCGUGCGUGGGAAACCGUCCAGAAGUGGUGGCUCGUCAUUUGCGGCCUCUCGAAAGCUCAGAAGUUGAUGUUUUUGAACCGUAGCGGUGAGAGAGAUGGCUGUGAACAGUAGCUGAGGACGUCACUGGGAGUUCUCCACCUGCGAAAAUGAAUGGUGGUCCAAGUGUGUGGGCAAUCUCCCCAGAGGAGAGGGACAAACAUGAUCAGAUGUUUGACUCCCUCUCCCCAACGAUGGGCUACGUCACAGGAGACCAGGCAAAGAGGUUUUUCCUUCAGUCAGGGCUGCCUGCAUCAGUGUUGGCUGAUAUAUGGAGCCUGGCCGAUAUGAAUAAAGAUGGAAAGAUGGACCGGCUGGAGUUUUCUGUUGCUAUGAAGCUUAUAAAGCUCAAACUUACGGGUACACCACUUCCCUCAUCGCUUCCAAUCAUCAUGAAGCAGCCUCCAGUGCGUGCUCCCACCAUGAACAACCCCAUCAACCCUGCCUAUGGAAUUGGCUCUAUGGUGCAUGGAACAAACCUUGCCAUGUUGACUCCUAUGGCUGUGUCACCUAUGACACCAAUGACGGGCCUCAGCCCAAUGGUUCCUUCAUCAUCAGGAAUGAACCCACUAAUGAUGUCCACUGCCCCCACGCCCCUGGUUCCAACUAUGGGAAAUACCACAGUACCAAAUGGCACCAUGGGUCUCCUCCAGCCAAUUUCUUCUGGAGGUUUGAAUACUGGCCUACCUCUAUCUGCGACCUCUUACGCCUCUCCGCUUGGACGCGCCUCUUCUCCUGCUGGUAUAAACAUGGCCCCAACACUGCUAGACCUGGGAUCUGGCAGCUCCGGUUCUUCAACCCCAUCUGUGAUGUCCCCCAUGAAUGCUGUUCCCAGUGACUGGGCUGUGCCACAUGCUUCCAGACUUAAAUACAGACAGCAGUUCAACAGCUUGGAUAAACAGAUGAUUGGAUACCUCACUGGUCUGCAGGUGAAGGGUGUGAUGGAAAGUACGAUGCUGACAAAAAUACAACUGGCCUCCAUCUGGAAUUUAGCAGAUGUGGAUAAAGAUGGCAAGCUACAAGCGGAGGAGUUUAUUCUGGCAAUGCACCUCGUGGAUUUGGCAAAGAAUGGUCAACCACUGCCAUUAACACUGCCAACUGAGCUGGUACCACCCUCACAGAGGAGUGCCACGAAUGGCCUCAGCUCUUCCCUGAUCGAUAACUUGGAAAUUGAACCGCCACAGAAACCAAAAAUGAACAUAUCAUUUGAAGAUAAAUUCAAAGCAAACUUGGAACGAGGGAAUGCAGAGUUGGAGAAAAGACGACAGGCCCUACUGGACGCUGAGAGGAGGGAGCAGGAGCGGCGUGCUCAGAAAGAGAAAGAAGAGCGAGAGAAGAGAGAGAAAGAGGCUUGGGAGGCUGAGGAGAGAAGGAGGAAAGAGGAGGAGAGGAGGCUCGAGCUCCAAAGAGAGCUGGAGAGACAGAAAGAGGAAGAACGGCAGAGGGAGAUGGAGAGAAAAGAGGCUGCACAGCGGGAGCUCGAGCGUCAGAGAAAAGAGGAGUGGGAGAGGAGGAGGAAAGGAGAGCUCCAGUUAAAGAAGGAACAGGAGCAGGAUGAAAUCACCAAACUGAAAGCUAAGAAGAGGAGCCUGGAGUUGGAGUUGGAGGCAGUGGGUGACAAGCACCGUCAGAUCUCGGACCGCCUGCGUGACUUUCAGAACAAGAAAAAACUUCAGAAGACUGAGCUUGAUCUUAACAAUCAAAGGAAGGAGGCACGCCAGCAGGAUAUUAACAAUCUGCAGAAACAAAUUGAGGAGUUCCAGAGAAAGUUGUCCCACUUGACUCCGGAGCAGAAAAGACUGACUGAAAAGCUGAAAAAUAUGUCUCUGAAUAACCUGCCUGCAUCGACAGUGUCCACCCUAAAAGGGAGCAUGACGGAGAAAAAAGGGACGUGUAUGAAACUGCGAGAACAGCUUGAAGUUCUGGAGAAAGAGACGGCUGCCAAACUAGCAGAAAUGGACCAGUAUAACAAAGACAUGCAGGAACUGAGAGAGAGCCAAAGAAAUCAGCAGGCUGCACUGGAGAAACUGCGCAGCAUAAAAGAAGACAAACAGCGUGAACUCAUGCGAAAGAAGGAGCAAGAAGAGGAGAUGAGGAGGAAGGAAGAAGAGAGGAAACGACAAGCGGAGGAAAGGAGGCGCAGGGAGGAAGAGGAAGAAGCUCAGAGGCGUAUUAGGAUGGAAAGGGAGCGUCAGAGAAAGCUUCAGGAAGAGAGGGAGGCCAAACAGAGGGAAGAGGAGGAGAGACAGAGACAGGCUCUCAUCCAGGCUGCCAAGGAGCAGGCAGAACGAGAGCUCAGAGCAAGGGAGGAGGCAGAGCGGAGAAAACGAGAGGAAGAGGAGAGAAGGAAAAGAGAAGAAGAAGAGCGCCAGCGCCAAGCAGAGAGGCGGAGGCAGGAGGAGGAGAGGCGAAAGCUGGAGGAGGAGAAGAGGAAGCUAGAAGAAGAGAGGAGAAAACUGGAGGAGGAGAGGAGGCAAGAGGAGAAGAGAAGGAGAGAAGAGGAGGAACGACGCAGAAGGGAGGAGGAGGAGAGGAAGAGGUUAGAGGAGGAGCGGAAAAGGUUAGAAGAGGUGCGAAGGGAAGAGGAGCGCCGAAGGGAGAGAGAGGAGGAGGAGAGGAGAAGACAGAGGGCUGCUGAAGCAGCUUUCCGAGACGCAGAGGAAAGGAAGAGGCGUGAGGAGGAGAGAAAAAGGGCAGAAGAGGAGAGGAAGAGAAAGGAGGAGGAAGAAAAGAGGAGGAAAGCUGAAGAGGAGAGAAAGCGGAAGGAGGAGGCGUCUCGUCAGCAGAAGCAGCAGCAGCAGCAGCAGCAGCAACCACCUAAAACAGGAGGGAAGAUUGAUAUUCAAGCUCUGCUGAGAGGGCUGGAGGAGCGGAAAGGCGGGCAGCCGAGGGCCAAGCAGCACAGGAAGUCAGCAUCGCUCACAUCCUUCAAAGCAGUCUACCCAUUUACUGCACGAAACAACGAAGAGCUCAGCCUGGAAGCAGAUGACAUCAUCGAGGUUGAUGAGACGACAGAGCGAGAGGAAGGCUGGCUAUAUGGCAGCAAGCAGGGGACGAUGGGCUGGUUCCCAGAGAGCUACGUCGAGAGAGUGGGCCCAUCGAAUACAGCUGAUAGCACUGCUCCUGCUCCUCCUGCUAAACUACCGCUGCAGUCACAGCUUAGUAAUGCUCUUAAGGCUGCCAAAGUGUCCGGGACAAAAUCCGCCUUCACACCAACACAUUCUCCAAACCCUGCAACUUCUGACAGUCAGGAACAGCGGGUGGUGGGUACCCUGUUAGCCCAGGCGCUCUGUUCCUGGACAGCAAAGACAGAUAGUCAUCUGAACUUUAAUAAGGACGAUGUGAUUCAGGUAUUGGAGCAGCAGGAGAACUGGUGGCUGGGAAAACUGAACGACGAACAGGGCUGGUUCCCUAAAACAUAUGUGAAACCUAUUGGAGAAGAUGAGGGUUCAAAUGUGAAGAGCUCCUCUGCUGAUGCUCCUGAUGGGGAUAGCCUGCAGCUUGAAGAAUUUGUGGCCUUGUACACCUACGAGUCUCCACAGUCCGGUGAUCUGACAUUCAAAGAGGGAGAUGUGAUCCUGGUGAGCAAGAGAGAUGGAGAGUGGUGGAACGGCUCGAUAGGAAACCGCACGGGCGUCUUCCCCAGCAACUACGUCAAACCUAAAGAGACAGAUACAUCGAGCACAUCUGGAAAGAAAAAGCAAGAGGUUGCUCAGGUUACUAGACCUCACGCUUCUACUGGUCCUGAGCAGCUGAAUCUGGAAAAUGGCCAGCUCAUCCUCAUCCUCAGCAAGGAUGUCUCAGGCUGGUGGCUUGGUGAACUGCAGGCUCGUGGUAAAAAGCGUCAGAAGGGCUGGUUCCCUGCUACUCAUGUUAAAGUACUGGAAUCCAGCAGUGGCAAGUCCACACCAGCACCUCAACCAGUCUGCCAGGUGAUCGCCAUAUAUGAUUACACAGCCGCCAAUGUGGAAGAGAUGAGCUUCUCUAAAGGGCAACUGAUCAACGUUUUAGACAAGAGUAACCCUGACUGGUGGAAAGGAGAAUCCAACGGGGUUACUGGAUUGUUCCCCACCAAUUAUGUUCAGAUGACCACGGCGGACGUUGACCCCAGUCAGCAGUGGUGUGCGGACUUGAACAGCCUGGAUUCACUGAGCCCUCAAGAGAAGAAGAGGCAAGGUUACAUCCAUGAGCUGAUAGAAACUGAGGAAAAAUAUGUGGAAGAUUUGCAGAUAGUGCUGGAGGUUUUCUGCAAGCCCAUGUCUGCGUCGGGCCGGCUGAAUGAGUCCGAGAUGAACAUGAUUUUUGUCAACUGGAAGGAACUGCUGGCCUGCAACUCAAAAUUUGUCAAGGCGCUCCGCGUUCGUAAGAAGACGGGCGGAGAGAACAAUCCAGUGGGGAUGAUUGGAGAUAUCCUGGCUGCCGAGCUGUCCCACAUGCAGCCCUACAUCCGUUUCUGCUCAUCCCAGUUCAACGGCGCCACACUGCUGCAGACUCGCACUGACAAUGAUUCAGACUUUAAGGACUUCAUGAGGAAAAUCGCCACAGACUACAGGUGUAAAGGAAUGCCGCUGUCCAGCUUCCUGCUGAAACCAAUGCAGAGGAUCACUCGCUACCCACUGCACAUCAAAAACAUCCUGGAGUGCACUGCAGAGGGUCAUGCUGACCGAGGUCCUUUGAAAGAGGCGCUGGAGAGGGCGGAGGAGCUCUGUAAACAGGUGAACGAGGGUGUAAGAGAGAAGGAGAACUCCGACAGACUGGAGUGGAUUCAGAGCCACGUUAAUUGUGACGGUCCUGUCGAGCAUUUGGUCUUUAAUUCCCUUACCAACUGUUUGGGCCCCAGAAAACUGCUCCACAGCGGCAAGUUGUACAAGGCAAAGAGCAGCAAGGAACUCUGGGCUUUCCUCUUCAACGACUUCCUGCUUUUAACGUACGCGGCUAAACAGUUCACCUCAUCUGGACCUGAUAAACUGUUCAGCAACAAGAAUAACGUACAGCUAAAGAUCUACAAACCGCCCGUCCUCCUGAACGAAGCUCUGGUCAAGCUUCCAGAUCCUUCCAGCGAUGAGCCCAUCUUCCACAUCUCACACAUUGACAAAGUCUACAUGCUCAGAACAGACAACAUUAAUGAACGGACGGCGUGGGUUCAGAAGAUUAAGGUGGCGUCUGAGGAAUUUAUUGAGACUGAAAAGAAAAAAAGGGAAAAGGUUUAUCAAGCACGCUCUAUGAAAGGCAGUGGAAUCGGCAGACUGCUCGUCACCAUCCUAGAAGCCACUGAACUCAAGGCAGCAAAACCCAACGGUAAAAGUAACCCUUACUGUGAAGUGACCAUGGGAGCUCAGAUCUUCACAUCCAGAGUAAUCAACGACACCCUGAACCCCAAAUGGAACUUCAACUGUCAGUUUCACAUCAAAGACAUCUACCAGGACGUCCUCUGCAUUGCCAUCAACGAAAAAGACCAGUUUUCACCAGACGAGUUCCUGGGCCGGACCGAGGUUCCAGUGGCGACCAUAAAGAAAGAGUUGGAGAACAAGGGACCGGCGACGCGUCGGCUUCUGCUGCACGAGGUCCCAACAGGGGAAGUGUGGGUCCAGCUCGACCUACAGCUCUAUGGACACAAGUAGCCGCAAAGGAAGAACUGA